GGCACAGAGGAACUGAGAAGAGAUUCAAAGGGCCACAAUUAAAAGGGAAGAAUUUACCAGUGUCAGUGAGUGGAUGUGGAUUCUCAUGACUCUACGUCCCGUGGUGCUUUGUGCAGAGACUAAGGGGCGCCGGCAGGAGGCGCCUCCCAUCAGAGUGCGAAUGCCGCUGGCGGCGAACGAAAACUGCCAGGCCGUGCUGGGCCUGCGGCAGCGAAGAACCCUCAGGCUGGCAAGCAGCCCCGCGUCCACCGGCCCUGCAUCAACCUCCUCCGCACCCCGGAGUCGUGGCUGGUUCUGGACCCCGCUCGGCCUCGUCGCGUUGCUAAGUUUCGCAACCCGCUUCUACCGCUUGCGGGAACCGCCGCACGUCUGCUGGGAUGAAACACAUUUUGGAAAGAUGGGAAGCUAUUACAUUAACCGAACCUUUUUCUUUGACGUCCAUCCUCCACUGGGGAAGAUGCUGAUAGGACUUGCUGGCUACCUGAGUGGCUACGAUGGCACCUUUCCUUUCCAGAAGCCAGGGGACAAAUAUGAGCAGCAUAACUACUUAGGAAUGAGAGGGUUCUGUGCAUUCCUUGGUUCGUGCCUAAUUCCAUUCUCCUACCUCACGGUACUGGAACUGUCCAAAUCUCUGCCUGCAGCAAUGCUCACAGCUGCCAUCUUGAUUUUUGACACAGGGUGCAUUACUCUCUCCCAAUACAUCCUACUUGAUCCCAUUCUCAUGUUCUUCCUCAUGGGAGCUGUACUCAGUAUGGUCAAGUAUAAUUCCUGUUCAAAUAGGCCCUUUUCUGCCCCCUGGUGGUUCUGGUUGGGUUUGACAGGGAUAAGUCUUGCAGGUGCAAUGGGGGUGAAAUUCGUUGGCCUUUUUGUAGUCAUCCUGGUUGGACUGAACACUAUUAGUGACCUUUGGAAGUUGCUGGGAGACCUCAGUCUCUCGCUGGUCACUCUGGCGAAGCACUUCCUGGCUCGUCUCCUCUGCCUCAUAAUACUGCCACUUGCCCUCUACACGGCUGUAUUUGCUGUCCAUUUUGCAGUGUUAAAUAGAAGCGGGCCUGGUGAUGGCUUUUUCAGCUCUGGAUUUCAGUCCCGCCUGAUUGGGAACAAUCUUCAUAACAUGUCUGUUCCAGAGUACCUAGCAUAUGGCUCUGUGAUCACAAUGAAGAACCUUCGUAUGGCAGGUGGAUACCUUCAUUCGCACUGGCAUCUGUAUCCUGAGGGUGUGGGAGCACGGCAGCAGCAGGUCACUGCAUACUUACACAAGGACUUGAAUAAUUUGUGGAUUAUAAAGAAACACAAUGUGAACACAGAUCAUUCAGACUUUUCCUUCCCGGUGGAGUUUGUGAGGUCUGGAGAUAUUAUCCGUCUGGAACACAAAGAAACUUCGAGAAAUCUGCAUAGUCACCAGCAUGAAGCUCCCUUGACAAGAAAGCAUCUUCAGGUCACUGGGUAUGGCAUAAAUGGAACUGGAGACUCCAAUGAUUUUUGGCGAAUUGAAGUUGUGGGAAGAAAGACUGGGAAACUUAUCAAAGUCCUACGUAGUCAUUUCCGACUAGUUCACCUGGCUACAGGCUGCAUUUUGGGUUCCACUGGAAAGACACUGCCAAAAUGGGGCUGGGAACAGGUAGAAGUCACCUGCACUCCAUAUCAGAAGGAAACUCCCAAUUCCCUCUGGAAUGUUGAAGAUCACAUAAAUCCCAGGUUGCCCAAUAUCAGUUUGGACGUUCUGAAACCCUCCUUUCCAGAGAUUCUGCUGGAGUCCCACAUGGUUAUGAUCCGAGGAAACAGUGGCCUCAAACCAAAGGAAAAUGAAGUCACAUCCAAACCCUGGCACUGGCCCAUCAAUUAUCAAGGCCUGCGUUUUUCUGGAGUCAAUGAAACGGACUAUAGGGUUUAUUUGCUGGGAAACCCGAUGAUCUGGUGGCUAAACCUUGUCACCAUUGGCUUAUAUCUCAUAAUGGCAGCAUUUGUAUCUGUGGCCAUGAAGAGGGGAGUUCAGCUGACUUCUGAGCAUAAAGAGCUCUCCCGAGUCUUACUGCAGGGUGGAGGACAGAUCAUGCUGGGAUGGCUCAUCCAUUACCUUCCCUUUUUUAUGAUGGGCAGGGUACUCUAUUUUCAUCAUUACUUCCCUGCUAUGUUUUUCUCCUCCAUGUUGACAGGAAUUACAUGGGAUGUAUUGCUGAAAUUCUGUGUUGGACUCCUGUCAGCCAGCAUCCAUUCUAGGAAGGUUUAUAAUUAUGGGAUAGUGAUGUUGAUUCUGCUUAGUAUAUACAGCUUCUACCUCUUCCAUCCCCUCUCCUAUGGGAUGGUGGGACCUCUGGCUUCGGAUCCCAACAGCCCAAUGUCGGGACUUAGGUGGUUGGAAACAUGGGAGUUCUAGAUCCAGCUGGGGAGAACAGGCAUAAAACAGAAGAACUGAAGUGGUGAAGAGUUUCUCCCUCCUCUGUGAGAGCUGUGAAGAAUCUGUUCCCCAACAGCACUUCUGUGCUGGGACAGUAGCUUGUCCAUGCUUGAGGUCUGUGAAAAGGAGGUGGCAACUAGGAAGGAAAACCUCUGUGGUGGGGCCUAGGGCUCCAAUUACUUGAGCCAGCUGCUACUCUGAAGUUUGAGCCAUCCAAGCAAUAUGUUAACAAUCAAACAGCUGUGGCUUCCACAGCACUGUCAUUUUGUGUAGGCUGGAGGAUGCCUGUGUUUUUGCAGGGAUCUCUCUUCUGCCUGCCUGCCUGCCUCUGCUCAUCUGUGACUUUGCAGAACACAGGAAACAUCAUGUGGAUGCAGAAAGGAAGCAUUCUUGAGACUGGGAUACAGUUCACAUCCAGUGAUUUCUGUUGGGAUGUUUGAAAAGGUAUUGUGUGCACACCUUGCUUGUCUAUGCACACGUGUUCCUGGGAGAGUGUGGCUGCUGCUCUUAACUUCAGGAACUUGGACUUAAAUGUGACAGUAGCUUGAAGCCUUCUGAAGCUGUGUGCCUUGCCUGUCCCCCAGACAAAAGGCAGUAAGCUGUUCAUCUCUCUGCAUAAUGCCUUUAUUCUCCACACAGAUAACCACGUACAAUAACCUUUCAGCUACCUGGAAGAUUUCUUGUGGGAGCGAAGCUGUAUCAUUUCAGUCCUUGCACUGCCCUUUUGUUUAAGGCGCUCCAAAGCAGAGGAGCUCUUUUGUUUUCUGGUUCCUGCCAUAAAUUCCUCCGAUGGUGAAAGGUGGAGCCUUCUGGGGGAUGCAGAAGUGAAUACAUAGUAGGCUAGAGCUGGGGCUGGGAGCUGCCACUCAUCCUCUUGCCCACUGGCUCUACUUCCUGUGGGGAGGCUGGUAUCUUUAAUUAAUGUUGAGCAUGGAGAACAUGCUGCUAAUGUUAGGCUGUUGGAACAUUGUUAGAGGCAUAUUACUUGUGAGAGGAAAUUAAGUUCGUUGCUAUGAUGAGCUGCCUAGAAAAAGCAGUUUGUAGCUUGAGGGGAGAACAAAAUUCUCUACUACCUAACUGAAGAGAGUUUUCCUGAAUCUCUUUCUGAAGAUGAGUGAAAGGAAAACUGUCUCUCCCGCCCACCCCACCCCCACAGGUUUCAGGUCUGAGUGAGAUGUACUGUCUCUUCCUCCAGAAUAUUCCUUUAACUUUAGCUCUUGUGUGUUUCUGUUCUCGAAAACAAAUCUCAACUCUGGCUGUAGCCUCUUAAAGUCUCUUUUGCAUGUGUGUCAAGGAAAUUAAGGCCAGCAUUAGCAAUAAUUUAUUUUAGCAUCUGCAUUAAAGAUUGCAGUCUGCCACUUUCCAUCUCCCUUUGGCACCAUCAAAGGGUUAUCUCUGUUGGCAUGGAGACCACUUGCCAACAUCUCCAGGAGAGGCUGUGUGGUUGUGAGGUAUGUUGACUGUCUGAGGCUCAGACUGCCAGAUCAAUUAAGAGGUGAAACGCAAGGCAGUUUUUACUUAGCUGGCUGGCUUAAUGAGUGUUUAGAAUGUAAUUACCACCAGUUCUUUGGUUAGCAGAUAAUAGGUUUAGAUUUUCAUUGUUUACAUUGUCUGUUUGCACAAAUGAUGAAAGGCCGCAGUCUUUGAUCUGAACUCUUGUUGAUAACUGAUGAUGAGAAUCAUUACUCCGAGUUACUGGUUUUGAAAGUCUUAUGAUUUCCUGUGAUAGGAAACACUCUCCUGUGCCUGACCUGGGACUUCAGAGAUCAUAUGUAGCAAAGAAGGGUGAUGGACAACUGUCCCAUUAUUCUGUGUCUCUGCUGUAGAGAGAGACAGCAGAUUGUAAGUACAAUAGACAAUAAGAAAAAGCAAUAUAUUGAUUGUCCUGGGAAGGCAAUAUGAAAGGCAAGCUUUACUAAGGGGGUGCAUAUCCAUUAAGGGCUCAACUGUUACCCUUUAACAGAUUUCCCUGAAGAAAGGUCCUGCUCUUCACUUUUUUAUUCGUGGAUUCUUCUGUGUUUAUUUUGGACUUUUCUAUUGCAGCUAAAUGUUAGCACCCCUAAGAGCUGCAGCUGCUUUUUGGAGGAGGAAAACAAUCCCUUUCCUCCUCAGAGGAGAAUGACAAGAGUUGUAUUUUUACUUCUUCAUUCAAAAUCUCAGCAAGGGUUUCUGUACAUUUCCCCCCUUCGAUUUGGCAGCACCCUAAUAGACACUUGGUUCAUCAUAAUCUUGCAUUCUGAGCAAUCUCACCUGCGCCCCCACACGUACACCAUGAGGGCUCUCCCCAUUAAAAACAUUGCUAUCUAGAAGAGCUAUUGUCUCUAAGGUUUGUCUGGCACAAUUGCUUUACCACAAUGGAAUCUUGAGACAUAGUAGAGUCGUUCUCACGAUCAGCAUUAGGGUAGGAGAUGCCUCCUGUCCUAAUUGGGGAGCCAUGUGCACUUCUGAUUGGCCAUCAUGAGAAUUCUACAAGCAAGGUAGAAGGAGGGGGAAGUGAUCAUCUGUGAGCAGAGUAUGUAAGCGGGAGGCAGGGGCCAGACCAGAACUUGUACCCAGCUCCAGGGCAAGGAUGGAGGGAAAGCACUCCCUGUGCCUCCUGCCUCUGUACCCAGCUUGCAAACAAUCAUUCCCCCCUCCUCCUGCCUUGCUUGUAGAAUUCUCAUGAAGGCCAAUUGGGAGUGUGUGUGUCUCCCAAAUUAGGACAGGAGGGGCCUUAUUCUAAUGCUAAUCGUGAGAAUGGUCCCAUAGAAUCAGAAUGUUAAGAUUAAGUGGCUUCACAUUGGCCAUUCUUCUUUCCUGUCAUAAAAUCAUGCUGAGUUUUCUGGUGUUAGGAGGGCUGGCUUGACCUCUUGACCAUCUCAAGGCACGUUCUACUAAAAAUCACUGGAAGGCUUCUGAUACCAACAAUAAUAAUGGCACUUAACUAAAUGCUAUGGAAGAGAGCUGUGGGACCUGUCUGUGAUGUUUUGAGCUGAGUGAGCCUUAGCUGGGGACAAAUGGCCUUCCACCUGGGGAAGAAUGCUAAUGGAUCUUGGUGUCUGUAGCCCAUUAGCUGCUUUCUAAACAUCUGUUUCUGGCUUCCCUUGCUUGCAGGAAAUAAGAUUUGAAAUCUUCGCUUAAUGACUCACCUGUGUUUGCUACAUCAAAAUAAUUAACACCAGCCAUCUGUGCAUAUAUGUGUGUGCACGCACGCACAUGUAGAGUUUCCCCUUCUUUCAAAUCUUGUUGAGUAAUGUAUUCCUUCCUGGACUGGUCUUGUAAUGAAGUGUCUUGUUUCAAAGCAUGGAAACAUUGCUUGCUAUCCAUAAGCAGAGGAGGGUGCAGAUCCAGUGAUGGGUUUUUAUGACUACACAUUCUCCUGCAGAAGACAAAAGUUCUGUGGCUCUGCAAAUUUCAUCCAUUAUGUUUGAAGGGUGCUAAAGGUAUUUUCCCUUCCAAACAUUUUCAUUAUAGGAUCAUUCACUUCCUUACCAAUGGACAUAUCUGUAUAACCUAGACUUUGGAUCCAAGCACUAAGACAGGCCACAGUGGGGUGAUACGCAGACACAUAAGGGUCAAGGGCUAGAGCCAGGAGAUGCAUUCAAGGGUGGGUUAAGAUCAUGUGCUAAAUUGGUCCAACAAUGGUCAGAGGCAGGAGAUGUUGUAAAGCAGGGAUUCUCAAUGUUGGGUCCCCAGAUGUUAUUGGACUUCAACUCCCAUAAUCCCCAACCAAAGGCCACUGGAGCUGGGGAUUAUGGGAGUUGAAGUCCAAUAACAUAUGGGGACCCAAAGUUGAGAAUCCCUGUUGUAGAGGAUGGGUCAAGAUCGGGUAUUGAGUUUGGCAGAAGACACAGUCAGUUGGGCUACAGGAGUGGGUGAGGGAGCCUGUGUUGCUACUCAGACAAGUUGCUCAGGCUGGCUUGGAGGCAAGGGUUUACAGAGCCUGAUGUGUCCACGUUAGGCCAAGCUGGCCACAUCCAAGUUGGUGCUCAGCUGGCUGUGCUCAGUCAAGCAUGUAGCCUCGGGGGUACCCUUGCUGCGUAGAGGUUUAGACUGCCAGGCUUGCUGAAGGACCAGUGUAUGGGUGGUGCAGGAAGUGAGGCACUGAGGACUGCCUGCUGGGAGUCCCAGCAUAAAGCACCCCCCACCACCACCACCACCCUUUUCUGGCACCUUAGAUUGUGAGGAUGCAUACAUAAUCUAGAAUUUCCUCUUUCCCCUCCAGCAGCUUUUUGUUGAAUCCAAAUAAUUCUGUCAUGACGAAAUGUGCACCAGUUGUUGGAGCCUAAAUGAAACUUCUGUCUUGAGCAACUUAAAGCAACCAUGCAGUCUUUUCUUCCCUGCUAGCAAGUAAUGAUUCUUGCUAGUAGGGCUAGCAAGUAAUGAUUCCACAACAUUCCUUCUCGAAGAUAAGGAAGGAAAGGUCAGCAAUAAUAAUAAAAAACCUGACCUGCCUCUUACGCGAUAUGACAUUAUGGCACCUCUCUUCCCAUUGGACGUUCUGUCCUAAAUUGACUUCUCAUUUUGUGUUGUGAAGAACACUGUGUGCAAAAUGAGGCCGAUGAUGUUUGCCAGCCACUCCUGUGAUUUUAUGGAGCCUUAAAAAAUAGUAGAUUCCACAUGUUGCAGCCAUUCCUGAACUGUAUCACCUGAGAUUUCAAGCAGAGAAUCACAUGUUUGAAGGCUCUUUUACACUCGCAACAAGUGUUCCCUACACAUUAAAAAAAACCUAGCAUAUCAAGUAAGCUAGAUUUGAACCUUUCUCUGCUGUGGUAACUUUCUGCAGGCAGGGAAUCUGAAGUGAAGGAGCAUUGACUUAUGCAGUCCCUCACUUCUGCUCAAGGCUGCACUGUGUAUUUCUGAAUGUGUAGUUCAUGUGUAGCUAAUUUCUAACUAGAUUGCUUUAAAAUAGUGAUUUGGGCUCUGCCUUGGGCAACUCUAUGUGUGUCAAUAGUAUGACGGUUGUGCACUAACUUUUUUUCUUCCUAAUGCUGCUGAUAUUGAAGUGUGUGUGCGUGUGUGUGUCUGUGUGCGCGCGCGUGUGUCUUCCAUACAUGAUCAUUGUCUGUAUUUUUAACUGAACAUUUUCUGUUGCUCUGCAAUGUACAUGGUACUAAAUGGAAGGAGAAUGCCUUUCAACUGACAGUGCUUUUUGUAAAGGGAUUAAUUCAGAUUGAAUUUACAUUUUACUUUUGUAAUAAAUAGACUUUCUUUCAAAUGUCA